AUGGCAGAUGUGAUUCGACCAAGGCCGUACAGCUGCUAUAGAUGCCGGAACCUUGUGUCCUGUCAUGAUGAUAUUAUCUCCAAGAGUUUCCAGGCAUACAAUGGCAGAGCCUUUCUCUUCUCCCAUGCAAUGAACAUUGUUUUAGGACAAAAAAGGGAUCAGCAGCUGAUUACUGGUCUCCACACGAUUGCUGAUGUCUACUGCUCCGAUUGCGGAGAGUUGCUAGGUUGGAAGUACGAGAGAGCUUACGAGGAAUCACAGAAGUACAAAGAAGGGAAAUUUGUAUUAGAAAAGUUCAAGAUUGUCAAGGAAAAUUGGUAGCAAUUUGCUCAGGAUCAUAUGGUGAAUCUAUUUUAAUUGAUUGUUUAAGUCAUUAAUUCUUCUCAUAGUAGAUACACGAUAUCUUUCAUGCCACUGCGCUAGCAACCCAGUACUUGAAACACUUGCAAAAUAAGUGGGUGUUUGUCUUUUUAGUAGUUUCCAGGCAGCUUCCUGUAGUUUUUCACAUGUUACGUCUGAAGUGUGAAAUGCUCCAUGCAUAUGCCAUGACGCCCAGUUUUUUGGCAGUCUAGCUACUUGCACCAGCCUCGCUGUCUUGCCCUUGAUAUUUCUCUGCCAAGAAAAUGUACAACCAAUUGAGCUUCCCUCAUUGACCAAAGUACUUCACUUUAUCUCUUCCCAAACAAAAGUAUAAAGA